AUCUUUUGAGAGCGGACGUAUCUUUUGACAAGCGAACAAAAACUGAAAUUUCGCCAUGAAAACGAAACAUCCAGAAGCAGAUGUUGAUACAGAGGAACUUAUAAGGCCUUCAAAAAGGUUAAAGAUCGAGGAUUCGUGCUAUCAGUCAGCUGUAGACGAUAGUUCCCAGUCCUUGGCCAAUCUGUCGAUACUGGCUCAGACUGCCCUGUCCUAUGUAAAGGACCAACCUUCGACUGAGGAAUCGGGGCACGGGUUCACAGUAAACGAGUCCCAGGCCUGUCUAUACAGUGACAUGACAGCUAGACAGGGUGCAGGUGAUCAGGUGUCUGGACCUGCGGAACCUCAUCGUCAGCUGUCCCUGCUCAGCAAAUAUCCAUACAAACCUAGAACGGUGCCCAGAGUUUCACCAACAGAACGAGAGCAGACAAACCUACACCACAGUGCUAAAUCGGUACAAGGAUGUACCAUUGAGGAGCAUUUCAAACAGACCUUGCCCUGCUCGAGUUUAGAAGACGGUCUCCAAAUGCUGGCUCAGACUGCCUUGUCCACGCUCCCUUCUCCUGUUCACACCAAUUCCAGUGCUGCAUUCACAACUACAGUUAACGUUAUUAAAGGCAGGCCACAACCCUCAAAACUUGAACAGAUCCUACUAGAUCUAAAUCUGAGGACAAACUCCUUACAGUCUCAAGCAAGCCCUGAGCAAACCACUCCAGACGAUAAUUAUCAGCUGCCCCGAACUGGGUCAAGCAGACGAAAGAAAAGAGAGCCACGAAGGCGAGUUCCUUUUGAGGGUGUAACGGGUACGCAGACCAGCACGUGUACUGAGAAUGCAUCUUGUAAAGGGUCCUCUCGGAGGAGAGCUCGAAAAAGAACUAUAUUAUUUGAUGACUCGGACGAACUUAUUCCAAAAAAGACUGUAAAACUCAGUACAAGUAAUUGUGAAAUCUCAACAGUUACUGAUAAAGACAUUCUGCAGCCUCGCAAGACUCUGGUUGCUAAGCGUCCGAGGAUAUCCGAAGUGUCUCAGCGACAGACUCUCUACAAUUCACUGAUCGCCAACUGGAAAAAACAGUUGGAUGACUGGAAAGCCAGAAAUCGGGCAAUUGAUUCUAAACAUGCUCAUAAAAUGAAGUAUCCUUCACACUUGCACGAGUGGUUGGAGAGAGUAAAAUUCAGUCACAACCGAAAAUGGAAGUUGUUUCAGUACGAGGAACCAAGAUGGACGCCUAAGCAAUUGGCAUUGACUAGACAGCCGGGGUCAUCCUUGGCAGCCUAAGGUUUUAGUUUCUAUACGGCAACUUCUUCGAGGUGGAAGGAUAACGAGAGCUGUGCAAUAUUCGCACAUGCAGACUUGUUUUUAUUAUCUUGAUCAUGUGCCAAAACCAUUUCACAUCUUUGAUAUACUCUCACUUGUCAACCGAUCAUUCAUAGAUAUUUUGUUGUAAAACUUUUCUGUGUUUUUUUUGUUUGUUAGAUCUAAUAUUUAUAACUGUUUUAUAUUUUGAAUUUUCGAUUGUUAAUAUAAGCAGUUUUUAAAAAUUUUUU